AUGAAGAUUUUAAGUCAUCGAUCGCUCAAAUCAAGGACCGGACGUUUUUUUUUAUCUCUUGUGCCCUGCGGAAUCGCACUUGCCGGCAUCAGGCAUUUCUACCUGCUGCUUGCCUUUGGGACUCAAGGGUAUCUCAUCGACACCCCGGGAUGCAAGAUACCCAAAUACGAUCCCUUCACGAUUGGCGUCCUCCCUUUCACGGAAAACCUCACCAGGAAGCAGAAGGUCUGUAAACACAAAGAUCCUCCCGUUGUUUUCCGUGACACAAACGUCCCGAUGCUCGACGAAUUUCUUGUAAAAAAUAUCUACAAGAUUUCAACGACCAACGUUUCGUGUUUCUACUCCAGAGUUACCAGAAACCACAGUGCCAGCCCGCCUGAUAACUCAUUUGCUCUGGGACCCGAAUCAUCGUUAUCGUUUGGACGACCGCUUCGUGACGAGUUCGUCAGGAUACGGUGCAACUCGAGUCAUGCCGAGUUCUACAGCGGCUUCCAUUUGAUUCCGCAGCUCAAGAGGAGCCAAUAUAACGCUUCCAGUGAUCAAAUGAACGUGUUAAUUCUCGGCAUGGACAGCGUAUCGCGUCUCAAUAUGAACAGACGCCUCCCGCAAUCCAGCAAGUUUGUACGCGAAUCUCUGGAGGCUUUCGAGCUGGUCGCUUACAACAAGAUCGGGGAGAAUACAUUUCCGAACCUAAUGGCGCUUCUUUCCGGCCUUUCCGAUGAAGAGGUUGCGAGUAUGACAAAGAACCGUACCUUCGACCAUGUUCCAUUUUUGUGGACUACUUUCAAGCGGAAGGGCUACCUGACGGUUUUUAUGGAAGAAAUGCCGGAAUGGUGGCUUUUUAUCUACCCCGCCAGGAAAGGCUUCCGACGACGUCCAACGGAUUAUUACCCUUUACCUAUCGUAAAGGCCUUCUACCAAUCAUUCCGGAGGAUGUCUGGUUGUUCGGGCACCCGUCUCAUAAGCGAGAUAUAUCUGGACUACAUAGCCGACCUCAUCGUUUUGAUGCGCCAGCAACGUUUCUUCGUAUUUCUUUGGUUAGGCGACUGGUCACAUUCGGACUUCAACGCAGCCGGCAUCAUGGACGAGCCACUGAGAGACUUCUUGGAGAAGUUGUCAUCCAGAGGAGUAUUUGACAAUACGGCGCUCUUCUUCCUCAGCGACCACGGGGCGCGAAGUCUUCCGAUGCGGAACACACCGAUCGGCGCUCACGAGGUCAACCUACCUUUCUUCUUUCUAUCUUUGCCAGCUUGGUUCAAGAACAAGUUUCCCGGAGUCGUCGAGUCCCUUCGAGUCAAUCGGAAUCGACUGACCACACCGUACGACGUGCACGCUACUAUAGGGAGUCUGACGUCGCUGCCGGACUUCGACCCGAGGCCGACCGCAAGAGGUCUUAACCUCUUCCGCCAAGUUCCGUCUUGGCGGACGUGCGAAGAGGCCCUCAUCCCUUUCCAGUUCUGCGCAUGCGAGCGCGCUGAAGAACGCAUCGAGGACAACUCGACGGCGCGUCCGUACGCACUCUUGAGUCUCGCGUUCAUCAACACUGAGGCGCAGCGCCACUUCCCCGGCAUGUGCGCCACAUGGACAUUGGACGCGGUGCUUGAUGCCACGAUCAUGCGUGGGGUCGCCUCAAAGACGAGAUGGUUCCGUGUGGUGUUCACCACACAGCCCAAGGGCCAGUUUCAGGUGUUCGGUACGCUACAUCUCAAGGCCGGUAGCAAGAAGAAACCGGUGGAGUUUGUCGAACGGAUGGACUGGUACAGCAAUCGAACACGGUGCCUGCCUCCCAGCGUAGCGCAGAAGCUGUGCAGCUGCAAAGGGGCGUGA